AUGAGCCUCAGAGGAGCCGGCCUGGCUCCUUGCCGCCGGUAUAUAGCAGCUGGUGCUAAUGGGGCGAUAAAUCGGCCAUCUGCCCUCACGCGACACGACCCUCGACGUUUGGCCCGGAGAUGGUAUGCAGUAGAUCUUGUUUCUCUGGACAAGAAAUGGCGCCAGGUCUGGGACCAAAACUCUACGAAUGGCGAGCCUCAUGCCGCCGCAUCGUCGGAUGGCCAAAAGCAUAGCUACAUCUUGCCCAUGUUCCCGUACCCCAGCGGCACCCUCCAUCUUGGCCACCUCCGAGUGUACACCAUUGCCGAUGUGAUUGCUCGAUACCACACCCUCAAGGGCGACAAGGUGCUGCUGCCAAUGGGCUGGGAUGCCUUUGGCCUGCCCGCUGAGAAUGCCGCCCUGGAGAGAGGUGUUCCACCUGAUGGCUGGACUAAGAGCAACAUUACCAAAAUGAAGAGCCAGCUUGACGUGAUGAAUGGCAGCUGGGACUGGUCACGAGAAUUGACAACUUGCGAUCCGGAUUUCUACAAGCACACGCAAAAACUAUUCCUGCUGCUUCACGAACGCGGAUUGGCAUAUCAAGCUGAGGCCGAGGUCAACUACGACCCGGUGGACAAGACAGUGCUGGCAAACGAACAGGUGGAUGCAAACGGAUUCUCGUGGAGAUCAGGCGCCAAAGUCGAGAAGCGAAAAUUGAAACAAUGGUUCUUUCGCAUAUCCGAGUUUAGCGAGGAGCUCCUGAAAGAGCUCGACAGCUUGGCCAAGGACGGUGCUUGGCCAGAGCAUGUUAUCUCUCAGCAGAGAAAUUGGCUGGGAAAGUCAACCGGUGCUGUGGUCAAGUUCCCCUUAAUGGCUCUUGGUAGGAUCAAGAUUGAUACCGCCCUCGAAGUGUUUACGACCCGGCCCGACACCUUGUUUGGGGUCCAGUAUCUUGCCCUCGCCUCCAAUCAUCCCGUGGUGGCCCAGCUAGCAAAACACGAUCCGGAGCUACAAGCGUUCCUCGACACCCUCCCUGGACUGCCCCCAGACUCCAAAGUCGGGUAUCUGUUGCCGCAUAUUCGAGGCAUCAACCCUCUCGCCUUUCACGAGAAGACUCCGGAUGCUACCAAGGAAUCGCUGCCCAUCUAUGUGGCCUCCUAUGUAUUGGGCGACUACGGUGAAGGGGCCGUCAUGGGCGUGCCCGGACACGACACCCGGGAUCAUGCCUUUUGGCGAGAGCACAACAUCGAUCAACCCAUUCGAAUGGUCCUGACCGCGUCCGAGGACGAAUCAACCACGGUUUUAGAGAACGAGCCAUACGUUGAACACGGUUACAUGACAGAGCACAGCGGCAUCUACGAAGGCAAACACUCCAAGGAAGCGGGAGAUAUGAUGAUCCGGAUGCUUGAAGGCGCAGAGCUUGCGAAGCCCGGCACAAAAUGGCGAUUGAGAGACUGGCUCAUUAGUCGCCAGCGGUACUGGGGCGCUCCCAUACCCAUCAUUCACUGCGAUUCUUGCGGCCCCGUGCCCGUACCGGACGAGCAGCUGCCCGUUCUUCUGCCCAAGGUGGACAACCACUGGGCACAGGGCAAGGCGGGCAAUGCGCUGGAGUCAGCGCCUGACUUUGUCAAGACUGAGUGUCCUAAAUGUAGCGGCCCAGCUCGGAGAGACACCGAUACCAUGGACACCUUUGUCGAUUCAAGCUGGUACUACGCUCGGUUUGCCGAUCCGCAAAAUCCAAAUCAGCUCUUCUCCCCCGAGGCAGGCAAAGCUCUACCUGUGGACAUUUAUAUUGGAGGUGUUGAGCAUGCCAUUCUUCAUCUUCUGUAUGCCCGCUUCAUCUUCAAGUUCCUAGCCACUACACCACUCCUCCCUCAGUACUCCCAAGCGGACGCCUUAUCUGCCGAGCCAUUCAAGCGCCUUAUUACCCAGGGCAUGGUCCAUGGCAAGACCUACAUCGACCCCAAGUCGGGCAAGUUCCUCAAGCCGGACGAGGUGGACUUGACAGAUCCAUCGAAUCCUCUCGUCGUGACCACAGGAGAACCUACUACAGUGGCCUUUGAGAAGAUGUCCAAGUCGAAGCACAACGGAGUAGACCCCACUGAGUUCACAUCCAAAUACGGCGUCGAUCCAACGCGCGCGCACAUGCUCUUCCAAGCGCCCGUCGCCGAUGUACUCAACUGGGACGAGUCCAAGAUAUCCGGCGUCACUCGCUGGCUCCAGAAGCUCCACGACCAGGUGGUGGCACUCGCCAAGUCGCCGGAGGAGUCGCUGCCUGCAAAGGAGUAUUUCGCCAAGCGAGGGUCGUCGCCCCCGAGCAACGACAAAGAGAAGCUAUCCAAGUGGGAUUCUGAGACUGCGCUUUGGCGCGAGACGCAGAACAAGAUUGAAUCCAUCACGAGGGGCUACGACAAGAUUUAUGCGCUCAACACGGUGGUGUCGGAUCUCAUGACGCUCACCAAUGAGCUUGUUCAGCAGAAACACGCAGACCAGGGCAUCAGGAGGCAGGUGGCAGACGCCAUUGUGCGCCUCAUGGCGCCCAUCACGCCCGCUUUCGCAGAGGAGUGCUGGAGCCUUCUUCACCCGUCCAGCGGCUCCAUCUUCAAGACGACUAGCUUCCCCGUUCAGGACGGCAGCCUGCCGAUGCUCCAGGCGGUGCAUAUCAAGUGCGCCGUGCAAAUCAAUGGCAAGCUGCGCGCUACGGUGACCAUCCCGCGCCCGCCCAGCGACUUGCAAGGCGAUGCGCUGCGCGACUGGCUGGUGGAUGCGAUCCUGGAGACGGAAGAAGGUAGGAGCCGGUUUGGCGAGGGUAAAUACAAUGUGCGAUCGGCCAGGAGGACGAUUCCCGUGGACGGGGGAAAAGUUAUCAACUUUGUACUAUAG